AUGCUCUCCCUCUGCGGCAGCCUCUAUCAACAAGGAAGGGGAGGAAAAUAUCGACGGAAGAAGAAAAUUAGGAAGAAAGGGCAUGCAAUAGCUGAUCUUGAACCUAGCAACAGAGAGGAGGGGAGUCUGGAACUGGGAACCACUGGGCGGCGGUCAGAGAAGGGAGGACUAGAUCAUCAAUUUUUGGUUGGAGCAGAGAGAGGGAGGAGAGUGGCGAUGCGGAAAGGGAAUAGCAGCGAGAGGGAGAGGGAGCAGAGUGGCGAUGCAGAAAGGGAACUGUGGUGA